CGGACUGGUCCGCACAUGUGGCUGUGUUUCUCUUCUCCUAGGAAUGAGAUUGCAACUAUGUAUGGUAAUAUUUUGCUUCGAAGCUCAGACGAGGCGAAUGAUGAUCUUGUGCUUUGGAGCUCAGUCAGGGCGAAUGUUGACUCAGCACAUCGUUCAUGACUAGAUAUACUAUCCAAACAUCUAUCGUCCUCAUUUCUCCUCCAUCUUUUUUGUAUCUUUACUCCCUUGUGACACUUAUUCUAAUCUUUGGCACUUAUUUGACCUAAAUAUGUUGCAAGUGUUGUAAAACUUUUACUAAAACAAAAACUAGAUGCACUGUACACAGGGGUUGUUACGUUGUUGGCAUCCUUUUUUCUCUGGAGACAAUGAAAUGCGCACCUCGGUGUAAGUCUUUUGGAUUGGAGGGUGGCUGAAUAGUCCUUUCUUCCGUACAGCGGCGUGCACUACUGUGCUCUCCCGACAACCGGAAGUUAUCUAGAAGUAGAACUAGUAUGGCGGCGUUCACAAACAUGAUCUCAUUUCAUCAAGUAUGGACAAGCUAUAUGAGUCUACAUGUAUAUUUUCAUUUGUACACCAUCCUCACACUGAAAAUAUUCUGAUAUGAAGGACAGUAGAAGAACUCCUUUUCAGAACUUAUCUUUUGAAAUUGCCACCGAGUUUACAAAUUGCGGACAAAAAGAACCAUUAUUAGACAGUAGGCGUGACUGCGAAACAUCUGAAAGUAAGUUGAAAGCAGAAAGUAGAUAAUUAUGAUAAGAAUCAUACGUAACGGAAAGCCGCCAAGAAGGGCAAUAAAUGCAAGUAAUCUAAGGUUUAAGUUUUACUUUAAAAAAUAACAAUAAAGAAAACUAAACGAAGCAAAACAGAGACAAAAAGCUAGAAUAUUUCACAGUAAAGUAGAAAUGGGAGAAUACUAAAGAAUUAUCAUGAACAAUGCCAGCUGUCUGUACAAAAACAACAUCCCUUCUUAGGAGAGGUCAACAAGUUCGGAAAUGCUGGAAUUCGUCAUAGGUUAGACAGGUUUAUCGCUCUUACAUGGGGAGACGGGAAGGAUUUAUUUACGACAUAAUCAGAUUCAUGAGUUAUUUCCCUUAUGCUGAAGAAGAUUCAGAAAAAGAAAUUAGAGUAGCUGCUGAAAGGGUACUAAAGUGACGUAAACAUUAUGAUAAGAUUUCUGUGAAGGAUGAAUAUGACAACACGUCUAUUUUUACCCAGAUUACAUGGCGUUUUAUCUUUGAGGAGUUGUCCGGAAUGGAGUCAGAUUACAUUCCUGAGCCUUCAGAUAAUUGCCUGGUCUUGGUAGCUAUGCACACCAAAAAUUAGAUUUUAAAAAGUCGCACCAAUGUGUGUGUAUAGGAUAUAUUUAUACACAACAACAUACCUGUUCAGCUGUCGCCGCGAUGGAAGCCGUAUUCAGCAGUAAUCUGGUACAAACGCUAUUUGAUACUUGCAAUAGCGCCGCUAUCAAGACCCUGUCAGGCUCAGAGAUAAGCAAGAAACAGGAAUCCCACCAGACGGCCGACCUGGAAGAGCGUCAUCCAACAACCCUUGACCCGGCCUCUAGAACGGACCACGUCUUGCGAGAGUUAAGUAACAGAAGACAGAGCUGCUUCUCAGACGCCCCCACGCCUGCCGGCGUGACAUGCGCAGACGAGGAGUCUGAGUACUUAGACUGCGUCAGCGUUUCCUCUGACUCGACUUCGUGUACGAUCAGUGGCGCUAAUAACCUAGCACAGAUUGCUCCUUCACGAAUAUCAAAUGAGACCGUAAAUGUUUACAAAGAACACGACAGAGUGGUUGGAAGAAAAAACUGUAUAGAUUUUGAUCCCAAAAUACUUUGCCAUUCACCAAAAGCAUUGUCAGAAAACCAGGAUAAAAGCUUGUUGAGUUCUUCAGGCCAGUCUGUCAAUCGUCUGUCUCCAGACCAGGCUGUUAUGAGGCGACACCCCAGUGUUAUCAAGGGGAGUAAUCAGCAAUAUGUUGCAAUGGAAUUAGUGUUUUCAGAAAUAGACAAUUUCACCUCUUUCCGGAAACGCCACAGGAGUGUCUUAUAUCGAUCGGAGAAAAAAGAGAAAAAGACGAACAUCCCCAAAAUGGUUCUCGCUACAAAUAUGGAUGGUACGAAAAAUAAUCAUUCGAAUUCAAAACCAGCACGGUUGGAAAGGAACUGUGGGUCUCAGUUAUGUUCUGUGAUGACAGAAAAAAUGCUGGACUCUCGUUCACAACGGCAACAAAGAAAUGCUGUACUAAAGAGAAUCGUUCGUACCAAGAAAUAUUAUAACAAGACUAUUGGACGCAAUCUGACCCAGCAGCAACUACAGAGGGCCGUGCAUCGACUCAGUCGGAGGGAUAAAGCGGUUUUAUUCCGUUACACGAGACACGAAGGGCAGGAGAUUUACGGGCAAAACCUAGACAUAACCGACAGUUCUAGAUUGAAGGCCGAAGUUUCUCGAAAACACGACGUGAAACAAGGGCCACAGACCCCGGCUAUCGAAGGGGAAGCAGUUCUAGCAAUUGUUAAUAAGCUGGCAACCCUGUGUGCCAAACAGGUGGUUCCGGAAGUGACGUUCAGCUGUAACCAAGACAACGCGUUUUCCGUAUCAACAACACUGGAAUCAACGACUCUUAGUCUUACUUCUCCUACCCCCUCGCACCGGAAGUAUUAUGAAACUCAACCUAACAUCGUGGCAGGCAAGUGUGCCAGGAAAAGUCUCGAUUCUCAACAAAUAUUAUCAAGGCAACAGCUUCGCUGUUCUAAGAGGAAAGCUCAAACUCGAAGUACAGGGGCGACAAAACAAAGAGAAAAAGCCCUCUCCCAUUCCCCUGAACUUGACACCAACAACACACCACAAGUGAAGCCAUCGUCGUUUGAAAAAGUAGUUUUCACUGAGCGGACUUAUUCCGGCGUAAAACUUCCUGAAAUGGACGUGAAAGUGGAGCCGAACGAAGAAAGUGAAAUAAGCCUCUAUUGUGAAAUUGAAGAUAUGGCUGACUGUCUAGGUGGGCUCGAAAACGACGUAUCUCAGAUGGGGAACAGACUCACUCCAGUGCUACCUGGGUCCAGCGAGUCGAACCCAUCUGUCACUGUUUACCACUCUGAUAAUUCCGACAACGACGAGGGCAAACUUACAUCCGGAAACCAAAUCUCACCAGAGGAAAACUCGAGCGAAGAAGAUAUUUCAGAAACACGUUUCAUCAGCCCUUUGAGCUUCACUGUUGCCCCUGCUCUCGGGAGAGUAUCCCCGAUCACGUCACUGCCCUAUCUAAAGCAACAUCGCACCGCAGUGCACACGCCACGUACCCAACUCUCGCCUUGCUCCCGUGGACGUUCAUCGAGGCAAGAUGCACGCCACCUGGGCACGAUUUCUAAACGACAUCGGAAAUCUCCAGGGUCCGCCAGUGGGCAAUCGAGUUCUCGCCAGAGUCUUCCCAGGCCUAGCUUGACAGAGAAGAAUAGUGAACAAUCCAGCCCAGCUGACCGGAAGAAGGCAAGUGAUUCUCGAAGCGAUAAAGCUGAAUUACCAAGAAAAAGUACGCAAACCGAACCAGAACUCACAAAAAGCUCAGAGAAAAGUGUUCAAAUGAAAAGCACACCAAGUCAUGUGUCGCAACAAACCGCUGGCACUCCGGUACUGAAACAAAAUGUUGACGACACAGAACCGAAACAAAGUGCUGGAAGUCUGGUAUCGAAACAAAGUAAUGAACUUGCAACGCCGAAAGAAAACACCACCCAAGAACUUCAAAAGUCCAACACAAGGAACCAAACACCAAGCCAGAGCGUGGGGAGCGCCGGUGGCCAGCAGAAGGAGGGCCACCAAAGUUCCCCCACGCCAGACUCGGUGCAGAGAGUUAGUGGACAAUCCAUGAAAAGUGACCGACAGAUGUCAGCUGUUCCCGGUUCAGGAACAGACGAAGUACACAGGAAAAAUCAGCAGAACGAAGCACUUGGAGCAAACAAGACCGGAGUCAGUACAGAUACUAUUGUGAAAAAGGACAGUGUUGUUAGUCAGGAUAAAAAAGAAACGUCGGUCCAUGAACCCCCAAAACGCAACUCCAAGGAUGCAGCACCAAAGCAGAGCUUGCACAAGGACAUUUUACAGAAACUUGCCAAUAGUUUUUCAAAGAGGCGAAGCAGUCAAGACCGAACAUCGAAAUCCUCUGUAGCAAGUGGGGAGGUAAUCUCAGAUGUGGGCGGUCAAAAGCCACGGCAAAGUGUAGUUACUGACUCUCCAAAACAAAAUGUAUCUGCUCAGUCAUCGAAUAAAAGUAUAACUGCUCAGUCUCAGUCAUCAAAGAAAAGUAUAGAUGCUCUCCCAUCAAAGCAAAAAGUAACAGCCCAGUCAUCAAAGAAAAGUGUAGAUACUCAGUCAUCAAAGAAAAGUAUAGAUGCUCAAAUAUCAAAGCAAAAUGACACUGCUCAGUCAUCAAAGCAAAAUGUGACUGCACAGUCAUCAAAGAAAAGUAUAGGUGCUCAGUCAUCAAAGAGAAGUAUAGAUGCUCAGUCAUCAAAGCAAAAUGUGACUGCUCAGUCAUCAAAGAAAAGUAUAGAUGCUCAGUCAUCAAAGCAAUGUGACACUGCUCAUUCAUCAAAGCAAAAUGUAACUGCUCAGUCAUCAAAGAAAAGUAUAGAUGCCCAGUCAGCCCAGUCAAUAACGAAAAGUAUAGAUGCCCAAUCAGCCCAGUCAUCAAAGAAAAGUAUAGAUGCUCAGUCAUUAAAGCAAAAUGUAACUGCUCAGUCAUCAAAGAAAAGUAUAGAUGCUCAGUCAUCAAAGAAAAGUGUAGAUGCUCAGUCAUCGAAGCAAAAUGUAACUGCUCAGUCAUCAAAUAAAAGUAUAGAUGCCCAAUCAGCCCAGUCAAUAAAGGAAAGUAUAGAUGCCCAGUCAGCCCAGCCAAUAAAGGAAAGUAUAGAUGCUCAGUCAUUAAAGCAAAAUGUAACUGCUCAGUCAUCAAAGAAAAGUAUAAAUGCCCAGUCAGCCCAGUCAAUAAAGGAAAGUAUAGAUGCUCAGUCAUUAAAGCAAAAUGUAACUGCUCAGUCAUCAAAGAAAAGUAUAAAUGCCCAGUCAGCCCAGUCAAUAAAGGAAAGUAUAGAUGCUCAGUCAUUAAAGCAAAAUGUAACUGCUCAGUCAUCAAAGAAAAGUAUAGAUCCUCAGUCAUCAAAGCAAAAUCUGACUUCUCAGUCACCAAAGGAAAGUGUGGCUGCUAGGUCAUCAAAUCAAAAUAUUGUUUCUCUCUCACCAAAGCAAAGUAUAGCCAUGACAUCGCCGAAGCAAAAUGUAACUGCUCAGUCAUCAAAAGAAAAUGUGGUUGCUCAGUCACCAAAGGAAAAUAUGACUGCAAAGUCAUCAAAACAAAAUGUGGCUACUAAGUCAUCGAAGCAAAGUAUUGUUUCUCUCUCACCAAAGCAAAGUGUUGCUAUGACAUCGUCGACGCAAAGUGUGCCUCCUCAGUCACCAAAACAAACGGUGGCAACUAAACCUUCAAAGCAAAGUUUUGUUUCUCUCUCCCCACAGCAAAGUUUUGUUUCUCUCUCCCCACAGCAAAGUAUUGUUCCUCUCUCACUCUCACCACGACACAGUAUCGUUGCUCACUCGCCAAAGCAAAAUAUAGAUAAUGUUGUGGAAAAAUACAAUGUGGGAAGUCCAGAGACAAAUCAGGAUGGGGGUAGUCGAGAACCAAACGAAAUAACAGGAAGUGGAAUGGUGAGCACUGGAAAAAGUUUCGGAACACCAAGGAAGACCAUGAUUAGCCAAAUAUCAAGACAGAAUUCGGAUAACUUGAUAGCCAAGCAAAGAAGUGAUUUGGUUCUUGGACAAAAUGCUGAUGGUGCGAUAUCAGGGCAAAAUGCAGGGAUUGCUGUAUCAAAUCAGUUUAGGGUUAGUUCUGUACCAGCACAAAAUCUGGAUAGCGUGGUACCUGGACAAAGUGCAGGUAGUUCGAUUCCACGGCUGAGUGAGAACAGGAACAAGGCUGUCCAGAUCAUCAGCGAAGAGCGGCAAGCAGGCAACUCACCCCGCAGCAAUGCCGAUAAUGGGUUUCGUCACCAGCGACCGCCAGAUGAAAACAUAAACCCCACCUUUCCCGAAAUUAGAACUCGUACAUCCGAUAAAACUUUCUAUGACGUCAUCCAAAAUGUCUGGAACGACACAAAGCCCCAAAGCAUACUGGGGUCAAAGGACGGGCAGUCCAAAAAACGGUCGUCUUUCCUAGAAAGCGAUGAGAAUUUCUCCAUUGUCUACGAUGGAAAAGGUCCGAAUGUUUCGGAACAUUUACCCGGUUCUUCCCAGACGACCGGUCCAGAUUUAGAGACAGCCCUCCGUGUACUCAGCUCGUACGAGAGGAGUGAACUCCUCAACACAGUACAGGAGAGAAAGGCAAACAACGGAGGAAUUGAUCCAACGGGACCUCCUUCUUCUCUCUUCCUACAAGGGUUACAAGUGACCCAGGGGGCAACCGUUGGUGGGAGGUCAGGUCCCGGGAGUGGCGUUAUUCCUCAGAGAAGUUCUCUAUUACAUAACUGCUCUCCUCCGAAUGACCUUCUCUGGUUUGAUGAGGGGUCACCGGGCAAGGGUGGCAGCCCCACCUGGAGAAACAGCGAGAUCAAGGAGUCUAAGACUGGCCAGAAUGGGAGCCCGUCAUGGAACACUGCUAAAGUUAGCGAUGCUCUGAGGGGUAGCAGUUUGACAGCAGCAGUUCUCAGCGAGAUUUCACAGAUUUCGGGUUCACCGCGGUCAAAUCUGAAGUCUGAAGCUCCAUUAAAAUUGUUCAUCUCCCCGGAAGUCGCUACCCGACACACGCGUCAUGUGACCUCGCCAGGGCCACCAGAGAGACCACCACGAGGCACCUACAAGCAAUCAUCCUUUGAAUCAUCUCCAAAUCUAAUAUCAUGCCAUUCAAUUUUGCGCCCCGAUCUAUCACCAAAAGGUUAUUUCAAAUCCGAUAAAAGUCGAGUUACCAGGGGGGAAAGACGCUUCUCUGGCAGUCGACUGAGCCCAAGGAAUAUCAGGUUCGAACAAAGCACUGACGUCAUGAGUCACGUGAGUACCCCGGCUCCCUACGACCCAUGGCCACCCCGGAAAAACAGUCAUGAAUUGAGCAGUGCUAGUUACCAGAACUUAGCCUCUCAGACCGAAGACCCACGGGUCCAGAUAGUGAGAGAGCGCAGCUGCCAGACAGACACGGGCUCUCAUCUCAAACACCAUAGAGUUAACGUAGUUUCCUCACCUGAAUUUGCCAAGGCGAACCGCGAAGAAAGAGGAAAUGCCCCAAAAGCAGAUAUCUCGGACACCACUUUUGGUGAUUCCCUCAUGGAGUCCGAAAUGCACGAGAAUCUGCCGGCUGCAAAUAGGGAAACGAUGGAAGAGUCACGAGGGGAUCGAGGGUAUAUACCGUCGCAAGGAAAUGAAGAAGAUUUUUUUGAGGAAAACAGGAAAAAGGCCGAUGGAAAGAGGUCAGAAGGUAGGGACAAUGAAAGAAAAAGAGAAGGAAAGAGACAAUCCGGGAGAGGCAAUGAAGAAGAACAAGGCUCAUCUGAAGAAGACGAAGGACAGAUUCGAAAAAAGUCUGAGAGAAGCUUUAAGGAAGAGCAAAGGAGAUCUUCGACUAAGAAUAGGCAGUCGAGGUAUUUGUCGGUGGAAGAACGAAAGAAGUCAGAAAGGAGCAACACGGAUGACAGAAACACAUUUGAUGGGAUGGACCAGAAUGAACGAAGAGAAUCUGAAGAAACAGAAAUCUUUGCUAGUGAUAGAAUGACGACGGAGAGAAGGGACGAAAGUCGGAGUAGAAGAUCAGGAAAUAUAUACAAUGAACGGAAGCAAUCCAGUGGAUCUAAAAAUAGCGAACGACAGAAGUCCAGAGAAAGAAAGGAAAGUGAAAAGGGGACACUUAAGAAGAGAUACGAUUUUACGCGAAAGAACUCGGGGAACAGAAAUAAGGAUGCGAGAUCAAAGUCAGAAGAACGGAAAGAAAAUAAGAGAAGAAAAUAUUGGAAGGAAAAAGAUGGCGAGCAAAAGGAGUCGAGCAAAUCGAGCAAAAGUGAAGAAGGCAGUUUAGAGGGAGAGGAUGGAGACACCCAGAGCACGUCUGAUGAUGUAUACGGGAGCAAACAAAGCAGUUCUUCGGACUCAGACACGAGUGAGCAGAAUAAUUAUAAACCCGAGCGAGCCAAAAAUAGAAAAACGGGAAAUGGGAUCAAGAGACAUGAGCAAAGCAGGAGUAGGCACAAGAGCGAAAGUGUUAACAAUGGCGAUAAAGUUCACCGAGAAGGCCCCACCAAGCCUUACGCUGUGAAACAAGGAUUCAGUGGGAUAAAACAAGUGUCACCUAGAGCACAGAGAAAUGACUUGGAUCACUCAUCGUCGGCAAGCUCUAAAGAUCUCCGAAGACAGAGAGACAUUCCUAACAUGUCAAGGUCGGUUUCUACUCCACCAGAGAGCAUGCAUUUACCUACCUCCGCCAGAGAGAUUGUUGGGGUAAUGGGAGACUACCCAGGCCGAUACCAAUCUCCAAGCGUUCCGUGCGUCCGACCAUUUUUCUUUCCGCCAUCACCAAUAACGACGCCAUCUCUUAGCAAGGGCUGCCCAGGCCGCCACGCCUUCAGCACGCCCACACUGGGCUCCAACAUUCAGAUGUUCACCCCAUGCCCUGGUCGGUACCCGCGGCUGUUGGCUAGGAAAACAUCCCUCCCGAACUGCAAGACAUCCCCGCCACAGUGCCCGGAGAGAUCCACCAGCCCACGUCGUCCUCCUUUGUGUCCAAUAAAAGCGCUUAACUCCUGCUUCCAGAGAACUGUAUGCCCUCAGGUUUCAAGAAGGAUACUUCCAGGAUCGUUUCUCCAGCCUCAUCCCACACAAUGCCCCCCACAAUGCCCCGUACCAUACUCCUCACUAUACCAGUCUCAGUCUUGUCAACAAGUCUCUCCCGAGCGCCGGCCGUCCCCAAUGGAUCUCGGAAACGUCUAUUGCAGCGAUGAAAAGAUCUUUGCCUGGCCUCCGAUGUUUUUCUCGACCUCACCCCAGGGCUCAAACCCCGACGCCUGCUUCGGAACAGCCCAGUGUCCAUCCCCUGAAACCGGACUGCAGAACACGGAUGUGGAGUGCGAGAUGACUUGUACGACGCCUGCGAGCACGGCGGUGGCUCCUGUUAACAGCGUCUGGCCGAUUCACAGUUCCUCUCACAAAAUUGGUUGCCCUACACCGUCGCCACGGAAACAUGGGUGUGCUAAACCCGUGUACCAGGUGACUACCGAAGUCUUUAAACCGGGCUACAAAGCCAGAGGAGGGCGAACAGAGUUUGUCAGAAAUUAUCUUCUGGACUCUUCCUCUUCCGCUUCCAACGGUGUGAAUGUCUUCCAGACCGUUCGCAAAAGUUAUCUCAACAAGAUGAAGCUGAUUAUUGGAAACAAAGACUCCUGGACAAUGAGACAAGCCGCUAAUGACUCAAAGGAUGAGGACGAAGGGAUUCGAGUGUUCUUGUGCUCUUCCCAGUAGUCCAUAUAACAAUACGUAUGAUCUGCUUCUUCAAUCUUCACCGAACACGUAAAUAUUGUUGUCAAGCUUUCCUCGGUUAUUUCGUAGGCUUGACGUACAAGAGCAGAAGAAAAGGUGAUAUAUAGCAACAUUUGAAAAUAUAUUCUAAUCUAUUUUAUGAUGCUUUACCAUUACCAUAUGAUAUGGCAUGAUAUGACAAAUACAAUAUGUUAUUAUCUGAUAAAUAAUGUAUAAGAGAUAUGAUAUUAUGAUACUGUGGAUCAGACAAUUCAUGACACCUUAAAUAAAUGAAAGUAUAUACAAUGAAAAGAAAAUUGAAAAAGAUAAAGCACGGUAAAGAAACGUGUGUGAUCAAAUGAUUUUUAAAACAUGUAUUAGGCAAAGUUACGAAAACAAAAAACACAUACGAUAUGAUCUGAGAUGGUAAGAUGAUAUGAUUAUUUGAGAAGUUAAUAAACUUCAAACGUAAUAUGAUAUUUCAGAUCAGAUCGGAUAAGUAAGUUAGGGUAGGAUACAACAUAAGGAAAAGGAAAGACACGAUACAAUAAGAUAGAGAUGAUGAUAUGGUAGGGUAAACAUGGCAAUAAAGGAAAAGACGACACGAUUAGGUAAAAACAACAACAACAACAACAACAACAGCCGCAAAAUCAACAAUAGCUAGCUAUUUGCCGAGUCAGAAGUAUGAUACUGACUCAACCCGAUCCGAUCUGGUUUUGCUGAUUGGGUCUAUUUGACUAAUGCACUUCUGUUAUUAGGCUUUAUACUUUAUGUCGUUGCACGCAAAAAAGACGUCAGUUCGAUUCGCUAGAGAGGAAGUCUAUUUUAUGGGAUUUCUUCAACUCCGUGAAGGGAUACCAUAUCCCACUCAACCCUAGUUGGCCCUGACUGGAAGGGACCAAGCAGCCGCCUCACAUCCAAAAUGUCUGAAUUGUGUCGAAGGAGGCAUAAACAUUAUAAUCAUAACAGUGUCUCAGGAAUGAACAUUUUUUGGGUCUUAUACUAAAGUCAUUGGAGCUCAGGACAAUAGCAAAGGAACAAGGCUCUUUCAUCUGUUAUUCAUGUUUUGAAAUAUUUGCACCCCAGGUUCCUCCUACCCUCGAGAGAAGUCGUGUUCACGGGUCUCAUUGUUUACUCAGUUGGCAUCAUGCAGGAUUCAACGUGGAGGACAAAUGCAAUUCGCCCCACCCCAGUUCUUAAUAUAAACUAAAAUUGUCUUUCGCUGAUGGCGUCUCAUAACCCACAUGUGGCCCCGAAGAGAAAGGAGGCCUCAGAUUUGCGCAUCUUUUACACACCACUGAGGGUUUUGGUUUGUAUCCGUGUUCGGGUGUUCCAGAGCUUGGGGUGUUUCAAAUUGUUCCGGGGCCCUUCACUUACUUACACUUGGCUUUGUCUUGCGAGAGAGAAUGUUACAUUGUGGGUCCUGCCUCCUAAAACAACUUAAGCAAGAGGUGCAUUGUUCUCCCCAUGCCAGGUCAUACUACCGUAAUAAUAUUAUGUUAUUUUACCGCCCUUAUAAUGUUGUAAAUCCUUUCAUUAAAGAGUUCUGUGGACUCUUUAA